GCAACAGUCCCUUUAGCCGUUUGUUUGCUAAGCUAACCUGCAUCAUUAGUGACAGAAAUCUUCAAAAUGGUGGAUUUAAUCACUUUAAAAAAUGAAGUGGCGUUCAUCGUGAGUAAUCUGGCCAAGGCCGUGGUGGCGGAGAUUUUUACCGCGGCGGAGAAAGUCUCUUUAAAUAAACAAAAUCCCGAAACUGAGCGGCUGGGCGCUCUGGUGGAGCGUCUGUGUGCUGAAGCUGUGGAGAAGCUGCUGCAGAUGGUGGAGCUGGCUGCUGUGCAGCAGGACGAGGCUCCAGGAGACCAGAGCGAUGCUCCUCGGUCCGACCGGAGCGGUGAGGGUGUGAUGAAGACACCGAGCGCUGAUGGUGAGGACGGUGGAGCUGAGCCCCCCCCCACACAACAGACCUACAUCCUGGUUUAUGGGAGCGCCGCUGUCGACUCCAGGUGUAUGCUGGUCUCUCUGCAGAACGGCACCAGUGCUGACGGGGAAGAUAAAAGCAGCUGCACCGAGGGAACAGGUGAAGUGAUGCACAGGAAACACUCCUCCCCCUCCCCCCCCCCUCAGGCUGAUUUCCCCGACCACGAGUACGCUCGGCCGUCCUCACCUCUGCCCGGCGCCACCACAGCAGAGGAGGGCGGGGUCUCUGCAGCAUGCAGCAGGAAGCAGCAGCGCCGCAGCCGUAGGAGGAAAGCCAGAAACACGGCGGCGCUCGCAGAGACGUCAGGAAGUCACCAGCAGUGCUCGCAGUGCGGGAUGUUGUUUCCAAACGCAGAGCGACUCUCCGACCACCAGAGGAAGUCUCACCCGGUGUGCUCGGUGUGCGGGAUGAUGUUCACCGGCGUCCUGAAGCUCCGUGACCACGAGAUCAAAGAGCACAGGCUGCUGCCGUACGCCUGCGACUACUGCCCCAAAAGAUUCAACCACAAAGCUCACCGCAACCUGCACGUGAAGGCGCGGCACACCGGCGAGAAAACGUGUCACUGCGACAUCUGCGGGAAAGGUUACUCCUGCGUCAGCGUGCUGAAGACUCACCGGAUGACUCACUUCGACAAGACCUUCAUCUGCGACGUCUGCGGCAAGAGCUUCUACCACGCCUGCCACUUGACUCGCCACAAGCUGGUGCAUCAGGAGGCGCGGCCGUACCAGUGCUCCACCUGCGGGAAGGGCUUCACCCAGGCCGCCAACCUGCGCAGCCACCAGGCCAUCCACACCGGAGAGAGGCAGCUGUGCUCCGUCUGCGGGAAGAGCUACCGCUGCCUGAAGAACCACGUCAUCAGCAAACACUCGCACGAGCUGCCCGCCGACGAGCUGCCGGCCGCCGGCUCCGUCAUCACCUGCGACGUCUGCGGCAAGAAGUUCCCAAACCCGUCGCAGUUCAGAGUUCACCAGAGGAGUCACACGGGCGAGAAGCCGUUCCACUGCGACAUCUGCGGGAAGAGCUACCGGCUGAAGGAGCUGCUGCGCGACCACAGGUACACCCACACCGGCGAGAAGCCCUACAGGUGUUCCCUCUGCUCCAAGACCUUCAACCUGGCCACCAGCUUCAUGAGGCACCGCAGCAUCCACACCGGGGAGACGCCGUACAGCUGCCACGCCUGCGGCAAACACUUCCGCCUGCUCACCUUCCUGAAGGCUCACCUGCAGACCAAAGCUCACCUGAAGCAGACGCAGCUGAGGCAGCCCACGCCCUCUGACCUCUGACCUCUGAGUCCAUCAUGUGUUAGAGAUACAAUCACAAUGCCAAAAGUAUGUGGACGCCCAAACACUGCAGUCACACAGUGUGUCGUGACUUUUUUGACUGUAUGGACAGACCUGUGAACGCAUCACAGACACUCAGUUUAAACACUUUAAUUAUCAUGAAGCAUCAUCAUUGUCUUAUCUUCAACACGAGGGGAAGUCAUGUGACUGUUCCAUCAUCGUGGCCUUUUACUUCAGGAAUCACGUACAGCUGAGACCCGUCUGAACUGCAACAUGAUGAAUGAAGAGGGAAGAUGAAAGUUUUCUGUCCCUCAGCUGAGGAGAGACUCGACCUUAAAGUAGAAAACCCCCGACCACAGAGACUCCUCAGUGAUGUUGCUGGUUUCCUGUCUGACCUCUGACCUCAGAUUCACAUGAAUGUCUGUGACGGUUUCCUCUUUAAUCCUGGUCACAGAUAAUUCCCACACUCGGACGAUAAUUGUAAUCCAGCCGUGUUUUCAUCCAGAGGUUUGUUGUUGUGCAGACCACAGGUCAGAUUAAAGGGUGUAUACACGGUUAAUCCACCUUUGUGUUUGUACAAUAGAAUUAAUCACCUUUAUGACUCUUAAUGAUCCGCUGAUCGUUAAUCUGAGGAGGAGGUCAAACACAACAACAUGGCCGAUCGUCUGAUCCAAACAUCCUGAGACACAAAUAUCAUUUAUUUCUCUGUUAAAGGAGCAGUGCACCCCUUCACAGUCAGAGAGCUUUGUUCUGAUGAGGAAGAAAAGCUGCUGAGUCCAGCGACGGCGUCGUGUCUGAGGUUUAAUGAAGAUCUGUGUUCCUGUCGAGCAGCAGCUCGCUCAGACCAACCUUCUUACUUGAUUUAAAAGCACUGGAUGUUUUCUUAAGGAUGUGAAUAAUUCUGUUGUUUGUGUCUGCAGCACCAAUAAAUGUAUUAAUUGAU